AUGGUUGACAAGAACUCUCUUCGGUGCUCGCAUCGUGCGCAAGAUACAACUGGCACCAUGCCGUUGCUUGACCAUCAACUCAACACACGGCCUUCUAGGAAGUCCAAGGCAGCCAACAACCCAGAUCUACCACCUUUGAAGCGAGCACAGGCUAUGCUUCGACGGCGGCUUCAGCAGAGAUGCUUGAGAUCUGAAACGCGGUGGGAACCUAUCAUGGGGUUUGAUACACAUAGUGAGGCACUGAAAGAAAAGAUGCAACACGAGAGAUGCAUUGCCCAGGAGGAAGUUCGACAGGACUGGAUGCGACGCCUGCGACCCAAGCCUCACCGAGCAUGCCCGCGGGUACAGUACUGCGAGACGGGAGCAGACCAACAAGGCUAG